UCAUUUUAAGAAACGAAGGGAAAUAACUUUUUCUAAAGGCUUUAACAAUUAAAACAAUAUCAAACUUAUAUUGAAAUUAAUUUCAUUCAUCAAAUAAUUUGUGGUUGUCUUAAGAGAAUCAAACAACAUGGUUGCAAAUGAAAUGGAGGCAGUAGACGCAGUAUGGAUUAUAUUAAGUGCGUUUAUAGUCUUUACAAUGCAAACUGGGUUUGCUUUAUUGGAAUCAGGUUUAGUGUCAAUGAAAAGUAAGACAAAUAUAAUGGUAAAAAGUGUUCUAGACGUAUGUUUUGGCAGUGUUGCAUACUGGUUUAUUGGAUAUGGUAUAAGUUUUGGUUCAGAUACAUCUACAGGUAACUCGUUUUCUGGUAACGGUCAAUUUAUGACAGAUGUCGAUGUUUCCACAGAUGCUAAAGUCUAUAUCAAGUAUUUUUUUCAGUUAUCAUUUGCUUCAGCAUCUACAACGAUAAUUUCAGGUGCUGUUGCUGAACGUAUACAUCUUUUCGCAUACAUGAUUGUUGUAAUCCUAAAUACAGGUAUUAUUUACGUGUUUCCUGCACAUUGGCUUUGGGAUAAAAACGGAUGGUUACUUAAAAAAGGUGCGCAUGAUUUUGCAGGAUCAGGUGUGGUUCACAUGGCGGGAGGCGCUGCAGCACUUUCAACUGCUUUUAUUAUUGGUCCAAGAUAUGGAAAAUUUGAUGAACCAAAAAAAGUAUAUACAAUAUCCAGUGGAAGUAAUGUUAUAUUAGGAACGUUUUUUUUAUGGUGGGGUUGGAUUGGGUUUAACUGUGGAUCAACAUUUAUAAUAAGUAAUGGUAGUUGGAAGGUGGCUAGCAGGGUUGCUGUAGUAACUAUGAAUGGUGCAAUAGCUGGUGGAAUAUCUGGAAUUGUUUUCUCAAUAUCAUUAAGAAAAAAAAGGAAGUACAUAAUAGACAUUACAGAACUCUCAUCAGGUCUGUUAGCUGGAGUUGUUUCUAUCACAGCUUGCAGUGAUGUUAUAAGACCAUGGGAAGGUUUAUUUAUAGGUUUUUGUGGUGGUCUCAUUGCAAACGGAACAAUUAAAUUGGUUGAAAUCAUGAAAAUUGAUGACCCUGUUGGAGCAUUUGGGGUUCAUUAUGCUGCCGGGUUCUGGGCCAUGAUUGCAACCGGUUUUUUUGCUGACAUGGGACCAGGCGACAACUCAAUCAAUGGCGGAGUAUUCAGAAAAGGGAGUGGAAGACUUUUAGCAUAUAACAUUGUUGCAAUACUUGUGAUUACGAUAUGGUCCGGUGGAUUAAAUGCAAUAUCUUUUUGGAUAAUUAAAAGAACAAUCGGUGUAAGAAUGUCAGUUGACGAAGAGAAAAUUGGAGUUGAUAAGAUAGAACUUAAUGAUUACAAUGAACCUGAAUAUGUUUCCAAAAACGCAAUUGAAGCUGGCUCAUCAAGUCAAAUGAACAUAUUUUCCACAGCAACAAUACAUUCUGUAAGUUCAUUUAAAAAAGUAAAAAGCUUACAAGAAAACUGUUCAAAAAAGAAAGAACCCAUUAUUUCAACUGGAAGUUUUUCGCAACUUAAAGACACCUACUUAUAAACUGAAAAAAACAUUCAACCAAAAUAAUGUAAAAUAUUCACAAACAGUAAAUAUAUUUCUGUAAUUAUAUAA